AGAUGUUUUUGGAUGAGUCGAUGCCAUUGAAGCGGGUGUUGACUAAACUCAUGAGUUAUUGUCACCAAAUAAGUGGACAAGAAGUGGGUUUUGUUUCCCAUAAGUUUGAAGUGUUGGACGCGAAACUAAAUGGGUUCACAAAACUCAAGAAUAAUAAUUUAACGGUUGGGAUGGCUUUCCUUAAUUAUAAGACAAUCAACAUUAGAGUGAUGGCUAAAGUCAAUGAUACCAUUCGCUCCCCUCCCACACGUUCAGCCAAAUAUAAAGCCAAUUCCCUAUUAGAUCCCAUUCCUCGAGAUCUCACGAAUAUUGUGGACCCCAUCGCAGGUUCGGAGACCGCGAUGGAAAGGAAGGAAAAUCCUGCCGAAGCGACCAAUACAUCACCCGUUGUGGCACUAAUACAAGCAGUUAUGAAAUCAGUUAAUGGUUUGGACAUCGAUUGGAAGUCAGUCUCUCGUGAGAUGGAGUCUUUAGGUAUGACCUGUAGUGACAAGAAGUGCAGAUCACUAUAUGGCGAUGAAACUGCUAAAUACCUUAAGACUCUCACGCUCUGCAAAAAA